GCAGCACAGUGGAGGAAGUCUGUGCGUCAGAGCGAGCCUGGAUGAGAACUCUGACCUGCUUCGGUCACUGGGAUCAUCUUCACGGUCAGCUCCUCAUCUCCUUCUUUCAUGAAUCAAACGUAAAGGCGGCAGUGUUUAGUCUUCAGUGACUCGGUUCAUCCUGACUGGGUGGAACUGCUCUGAACACUAACUGCCUGAUUUCCUGCAACAAUCAAUCCCACUGUUUCUAAUUGGACGUGGUAGCGCCCCCUCCUCCUCUUCCUCCGCUCUCCGCUUUAUUGUCACUGACAUUCGGAUUAUUCCCUCACAGCAGCAGCAGCGCGCUCCUCCUCCUCCUCCUCCUCCUCCUCGUCUCCUCCGUCCGACAAUGCGGCCACAAACUAAGGAUUUAUAAUUUCUCCGUCGUUUCCUCGUCGUCUGCACGGUCUUCCAGGAAUGCCACGCCCACAGAUCUGAGCAGCAGAAACCGGAGUAAGGAUAGAUCCCACCCCCGACGCCAGCUCCGCCCGUACAGCCCCAAACCGCGACCUCCCCUUCCCCCUCUCGCAGCUCCAGGGCUCUCUGAGGGUUCCUUUCCGGGUUCUCCAAAGGGUUCUCUGUGGUGUUCUGUAGAGCUCCAUACGCCUCGGGGCCUCAGACCUUCAUGCGUCUCCCAGCAGCAGAGUCCACCCACACCUUCACCCACCACACCACCACCUCCUCUACCAUGAGCUGUGAACAGGAGUUUGGAGACGGCGCCAUGGGAGUCACGCUCACACUGCGCCUCCUCAUGCACGGAAAGGAAGUAGGAAGCAUCAUCGGAAAGAAAGGAGAAACGGUGAAGAGAAUACGAGAAGAGGACCUGGCGGCCUUGGUGGCCAACGGCACGGUGACCAGCAAGCCUCCCGUCACUUUACGGUUGGUCAUCCCAGCGAGCCAGUGCGGUUCCCUCAUCGGCAAAGGCGGGUCUAAGAUCAAGGAGAUCAGAGAGACAACAGGUGCGCAGGUUCAGGUGGCAGGUGACCUCCUCCCCAACUCCACAGAGAGAGAAGUGACGAUAUCAGGGAGCCAGGACGCCAUCAUCCAGUGUGUUAAACUCAUCUGCACUGUAAUCCUCGAGUCUCCACCAAAAGGAGCGACUAUUCCAUACCGACCCAGCCCGACUCCGGGAACUGUACUGCUGGCAGGAAACCAGACGUAUGCAGUACAGAGCCACUACGGCAUUCCUCACUCAGAGUUAGCAAAGCUGCACCAGUUGUCGAUGCAGCAGCAAGGCCUGGCCCCCAUCAGCCAGUCAGCUACACAAGUACUGCCUGGAGGGGUGGAGGCGAAUUCCCAAACCACGUCUCAGGAGCUGCUCAUUCCCAACGAUCUGAUUGGCUCAAUCAUCGGCCGCCAGGGCACCAAGAUAAACGAGAUCCGGCAGGUAUCGGGGGCUCAGAUCAAGAUCGGCAGUCAGAUCGACAGCACCAGCGACCGCCACGUCACCAUCAGCGGCACGCCGAUCGCCAUCAACCUGGCUCAGUAUUUAAUCACUUCAUGUUUAGAGACCGCCAAAUCCACCGCCCAGUCCUCCUCCAUGCCGUCUCCCGUUGAUCUGACCAUGAGCUUCACCCAGCCCUCCCCCCCUGUCUCCGCCUCGUCCUCCUCCUCCUCCCCCCUGGCAGCGAUGGGCGCCGCACUGCCCCACGCUCCAAUCCUGGGCGCUCCCUACGCCUUCCCCCUCUCCAGCCUCCUGGGAGUGAAAUCCAUCCCCUACCUGGCACUCUCCACCCCUCCCGCCUCAGCAGCGGCAGCAGCGGCGGCCGCCGCAGCGGCCAUUGGGGCUCCAGUGCUACCAGCCUCAGUGCAGACGGCAGCGGCGACGGCAGCCGUUCCGGUUCAAGCUCACGCGGCAGCGGCCCUGGCGUCCUACACAGCCAAGAUCUCGUCCUCAACCAAUGGAAUGAAGAAGCCGGAGAGGCAGAAGUUUGCGCCGUACUAAACAAAGAGGUAGCUCCUGGCCGGGUUUAGACGUUAAGGGCCGUUUUUGGUUUUUCUUUUAGCACAUUACUCAUUGACUUGUUUGCCUCUCCACCUCUUCCUCUUCUUCCUCUUCUUUUUUUUCUGACUGCCUAAAAGAAUCAAAGUGGGAUCGUUGGAACAUGAAUGAUGUUGAAUCAUCCAUGGAAGGUGUGCACGGCAGCAAACAAGCUUUUCUCUUUGGCCGCGGGGUUAGUGACGUCAAAAGUUUAAAGCUUGCAGUUCAGCUAACCGUGACUCUGCGCUGUGGUCAUAACCAAACCCUAAACCAGGGGCACAGCAGGUUCGUGUCUUGGACAAAUUUUUGUUCCAUCACGUCUUCACAUUGCGAGCAGUUGAAAGUGUUUAGUCGGUGCCGGGUCUUUUAUUUUGGACUUAGCUCUUUACCGGCUGUCCUGUGUGCGACUUCCUGCCCUCCUCAUAUGCUUUCUGCAGCUUGAUGUGGCUUCUGUCAAGAAAUAAAAAGACCUGGUGCUAUUCUGAGUGAUGUGGAGCAGAGACCUGCUUCUCGGACACUUGUGAAACACUCCACGGUGGAUUUACUGGGAUUGCAAUCAUUGUCCUGAGUGACCGCAAGUAGCUCUGGUUGCUACCCUGGUAUUGGAACAUUGUGCAACCGGGUUGGGUGUAUUACCAGGAUAAACCGAUUUGACAAAGUCUUGGAAAUCAAGGGGAAAAAUAACAAUUUUAACACAGGUUUCCUCAAACAGUGUUUCUGGGUUAAAAUCAUUCUGCUGUUUGUGUGGAUCAGCAGCUAUAGACCAAAUAAACAGACCAGUGUAAAGUUAGCUACAUAACUAAAAACCACGACUGAGGGUCUUAUUUACCGUCAUGAAAGGAUUGGGAGGACGACGGUCUCUCAGCAGAUUUCACCCAGUUUCCCCAAAGCACUGACGACUUGUCAGACAGCAUGUUUGUGCAAUUAGACCAAAACCCACUGCCAAACAUGAUGUAUGUGUAAGUUUGCAACCAGUGUCAUGCUAUCACGGUGACAAUGCACCAACAAGAUCACUUUUACAAAUAUAACUGAGCACUAUUGCAAAGGCUAACUCAACUACAGCUCGAGCUAAUAGGAAAAAUCCCAAAACAGAGCUGCACGCUCUCUGUAAAUUCAAAAGUUUCUUAUUGAAUCAUAAACGCCGAAUAAUUAACUCAGAACCUGCUGAGCAACUCUGACAGACUGCAGCGGCUCCAGUCACGACUUUCAGAAAUCAAAUGAAGGAGGAUUUCUGAUUUUCAUGCAGAUAUCCGUCUCAACUCCACAGAGUAGGAAAUAAAUUAAAGAAAAAAAAUACAGGAUAACAAAUAACACUCUUCACCUUGCUUCUUUAACCUUUUUAUAUACUCAUAUAUCCAACAGCUCUUUCUUUCUUUGAGUAGCACUUUUAAAAACAAAGUUUCAGAACCUUUGAACACCUCAAAGCGAGGCAUGUAGGACCAGAAUGAAAAACACCAAAAGCAAAAUAGGACAAUCCUGUACAGCAGCUCUCUAAGGCUGAUGGCUCACCACGUACAAACGACUCAGGGUCAAUGGCUCCUCAAUACUUCACCUGUCACUCAAACACAGACACAGCUGGAAAAAGUUCAGGAAAAUAAUUUUGCUACACAGUCAGACAAACCUAUGGAUGCUUUAAUGUCUCUGUCCCAGCCCGGAUCCCGGACAAGCCCCCAAACGUUAGUUUUCCCAGUGGAUGGAGGAGAGUUGUUAUUUUAAUAGAAAACCAAGCAAAGAUGAGAGAACAGUGCAAACUUUAAAUUCAUCCACUGAUUGUUUGUGGGCACCACUGCAGAAGCAGAACUUUUACUUCAGAUACUUUGGAUGUGAUAAUACUUGUGUAAUUUUACUUUACAUGGAUUUUGAAAGCGAGACUCUUACUUACUCGUCGUCAUUCCACAUCCGACCACAUAAAAACAGCUUUAAGGAUGUUCCAGUCUGCUCCUUGAUGUGGAAGUGUUCUUCUUGUUGUUAAAUAAUUUGAGACAUUAACAGAAAUUCAUCUAUUUGUCUGAUUUUUAAAAUUAAAAGUCAGGAUCAGCAGGUCUGAGUCAUCAUUUUCCAACAAUCCCACUUCUAAAAGUCCACCCCGACUUUAUUUUUCCUCGUGUCUUUUUGCAGCUCGGCCCUUUUCCGAGUUCAGAGGGUUGGUGGGUGUUUGCAGCCGCUGAUAUUUAAGGUCAUUUGGGCCACAAAGCCUGUAAAAGCCAUAGAGACUAUUCUGCUUUCCCCUCCUAGUCUGUGUCCUGCUCUUUUUGUCCCCUGCUCUUCGUCCUAUUGUAUACUUGCAUAUUUAUUAACUAUUGUGGAAUAUUCCCUCAGAGUUUAUAAUCACUGGUCACUAACACUGAGCUGAAAACUCUGCUUUUGUAUACGAUGAUGUCGACUUGUAAAUGACUAUUUUGCGUUUGCUUCCUGUCUGGUUUUUCCUUCAGUAUUUGUUGUGUAGUUUUUUUAAAGACAUGCAACAGAUUUAAAAAGGUUCUUUUUUUGGUUUUUGCAUAUGUUCUCUUCCAAAAUGUGUUGUUUAAAUUAUUUUUUAACUUAUUGAGAGGAGUAUUACAGUUUUAGAUGAGUUCAUUUCCCAACAUGGCUGCAGGUAAAGACUGUAAAACUGUAUUUUAGUUUCUGUAUGUUCUGUAUGUAGAGUGAACAAAACUGAUUAUUUUCUUUUUGGGGGAUAAAAAAAAAUCACUGUACCAUUAUUGCUAAUAACCAGGUGUUUUGUUAGAAGAGUAGUGUUUUCACUUGUGAGCUCCAACUGGCCAUUUUAUGUCUCUCUCUCACACACACACACACACUUUCUAACUGGGAUAUCUGUUUAUAAAUGUCUGCCCUGCUUCUCAACUUUCAGCAUCCACAGAACUAGAAUAAAAGAACUGUUUUUUUAAAAUGGGAAAUCUUUGAACGUGUACAGUGAGGAGCUUUGGAAAAGCCAGUUUCUGAUAGCCAGACGUUUGAAGUCAUUACUGGGUGAGUACCACAGGUCGAUAACCCUGGUAGCUCUAAGCAGAUAUAUCGGGGACACGCUUUGGCCAAAAUCCAGCUCGCCACCAGGAGUCGAUCCAUCCGUCAGAAAGUACCGAGUCAACAUUUUGUCACAUGCAGUUGAGUUUUAAGUGGACCUGUUGUGCACUUUUGCUCAUCUCCUGUUCCUGUGGUGGAUGCUCAUAUAAAACAUGACCAGAGUCUCUAAUGAUGAGCUCCGUGUGAGUACAAGUGUAUCUAAUCCCUGUGGGCCAAAAGCUCAGGCUCAGAGUGCUCUGAACACUCUUGGCUCUCUGUGAUGUCAUUUAGAGGUGAUGUCCCUAAUGUAGUCAUUUCACAGUAACUGUCUGUGAGCCAAUUAGAAGAAAGAUGGCUUGAAGGUAGACAACAGAGCAGCGUUUUUAUUCUUGGACUCUGACAGACUAGCUUUGCAUGAUUCAAAGUUCAAAAUAAUCCUGGUUUACUUCAUACUUGGUGCAUCACCCAGGGCUGGACUGGGACAAAAAAUUAUAGGAAAAGCCAUAAAGCCUUUGAAUGAUCUUCAACAAUCUUU